UCUGCUGCCAAAAGCCAUUUCUGAUUGUAAAUGCCAGGCACACACUAACGCUUCUGAUCCUGUCUCUCAAGGGAAUGCUGUUGCAGAUGCUGCUGCUAAAGCAGCGGCCGCAUCAACUCAGGCCCCUGUGCUCCAAAUGGUGUCAUUACCUGCCUUAACUGAAUCUGUAUUUUCUUUACAGGAUGUAGCUGACUUACAACACAGUGUGGGACCUGCCGAGAUAGCUCUGUGGAAAAACAAAUGCUCUUAUGAUUCUACUCAUAAGAUUUGGCGAGGACCCACUGGGUUGCCUGCCCUUCCCUGUUCAUGUUUCCCUUAUGUAGCUAAGUUGGCACACGGCCAAGACCAUGUGUCAAAGGGAGGGGUGGUGAAUGUUGUUAACAAUUUUUGGUUUGCUCCAGGUUUUUCUACAUAUGCUAACCAAUUUUGUGCUAAAUGUGUGAUUUGUAUGACCAACAAUGUAGGCCGCAGCAUGCCCAUGUCCGUAUCAGCUCAUCCGAGGCCUGAGGGCCCUUUCGAACAUGUCAUGAUGGAUUUUAUUGAAUUAACACCUUGCCAAGGUUACAAGUACUGCCUUGUGAUAAUUGACGCUUUUUCUAAAUGGAUUGAAGCAUUCCCCUGCAGACAUGCCACAGCUAUGGCAGUAGCAAAAAGCCUGAUGAGCGAGAUUAUACCCCGAUGGGGUCUGCCAUCUAAAUUGACAUCUGACAAUGGUUCUCAUUUUGUGAACAGUGUGGUACAGAACAUUUCUGAAAGCCUACAAGUUGAUUUACGCACACACUGUAGCUACCACCCCGCAAGCGGAUGCUUGGUGGAGAGAGCGAACCAAACAAUAAAAACUAAACUAACUAAGCUCAUGGCUGAAACAUGGCUCUCCUGGGUUACAGUAUUGCCAUUGGCCCUGAUGUACAUGCGCGGACGCACGCACAGUACUACAGGGCUAGCACCUCAUGAAGUAUUAACGGGACGCCCAAUGCGGAUGCUGAACACACCUUUUCCUCAAAAUAGGCUCACCCUAAUGGGAUGUGAGGAUGAAAUGGUAAAAUAUUGUGCUUCUCUUAACAAUGUUCUGAAGUCUAUUUUUCCCAGGGUAAAAGCUGCCCUACCCGAACUGAAGGAAGGGGCGCUCCACAAUCUCCUGCUAGGGGACUGGGUGAUCAUCAAAGACCUCCGCCGGAAGCAUUGGUAUCAACAACGCUGGACAGGUCCGUUCCAGGUGCUCCUGACAACGCAGACAGCGGUGAAAGUCGCUGAACGAUCAACCUGGGUCCACGCCAGCCAUUGCAGAAAAGUGCCCUAUAGCCCGAAGGGAGAUGUAUCGCCCCCUGGAACAACGUAGACGGCUCGGAUGGCCUUGGGACAAGUCAGCUUUGGACCCCCAGAGUCCUGACUGUUAUUUUUCUUGGCAGCAUAUUAACUGUGUUUCUCAUCUGGCUCUUAACUGAACUUAAAGAUAAUAAAAAAGAGCCAGAUAUUACAAACCACAGCUACGCUGAAAAUCGCACAGAACUCAGAACAAAAAGAACAUUGCACACAUGGAGUGCAGAACAUGAUCAAAAACAUGCGGACAACGGUUGGUGGGCAAUGCUCAACCAUACUGUACGGAACACUUUGAACAUUACUGACACUGGUUUAUAUAUGAUGUAGUGAUAUUGUUGUUGUUUUUGCUUAUCAUAACCUGCGUGAAAAAGUUAUGUACUAAAACUGUUGACACUGUUUUAAACAUGCCCCUGCUUACUAAUGAUGACCAGUGUAAUGAUUCAAAUGAUGACCCUUUCAACAAAAUGGCCAUCAAAAUGACCUGAUGGUCAUUUUGUUGAAAGGGUCAUCAUUUGAAUCACCUGAUGGUCAAAAUGACCUGAUGAGUUAAGAUAGUGGGGAAAAUCUGCAAGCGGGAUACGUUGGGUCGUCACUUUGUUCAUAUUACACUACAUGUUAAACUUUGUAAAUCAAGCUUUAACUUGUACUAUUGUGUGUGUUUGAAUCCAUUUUCUGAAUAAGGUUGAGACAAAGUCUCAAAAGGGAGGGAAUGUAAUAGAAAUGUUCCAGAAAAUAGAACUGGCUCGACAUAAUGUACUGGCAUUUUGUACUCCCAUAAACCUUGCUCACAUAACCUUGUAUGCUUUGCUAAAGUAACCGCAAGAUGCCUACACUGCAGCUGCGGCUGUGAGAUAAAAGGAUGAGCCAGAAGUCUUUUCACACGUAUACCCAAACCACCCAUCCUUUUUAUCUGCUUGCUUAGUUUUAUGCCACGUAUGCAUAGAUAUAAGUUGUUUCUCUUAUAUGCUAAUAUCUGAAUCAUCAUUGGCUAACCCUCUGCCUUGCUGACAGUUUUAAGGUAUAUAAGAAACUGAUCUAACUCUGUAUGUUGAAACACUGCUCGAUAAUUAUCUAGCACUCUGUGUUGAGAGUGUUUUCAGUUUGCAAACUUAAGAAAUAAAGGCCUGUGUGUUUGUAACUCGCAGUCUCUCUUCCUUUUAUUAGAAUUUCCACGACACCCUUAACCAAAAUUCACGAAGAGAGGGCUGCAGGAGGACUACAGUUCUGCUGAAGACUGGCGAAUUGUAGUGUAUUUUAUACAAAAAUGGAUAAUCCAGCUGUGCUUUUACACAAUUUUCUACACAUAUUUAAAUAAAACAAUAAAUCUGUACUCUUUCAGUUUGCUAUGUUUUGCCCAUACCUGUUGCCCAUGCUUUUUCCGCGGUUAUGGUUAUGAUUAACU